ACCAAGCGCGCUCAUGACGAGGGGCGGUAGAGACGCAAUGGUUGGCGCGUGAUGUAUGUACUUGUACACAUGCAGGACCCUGGCUGGCGUUCGGCUGAGCUAGUGCGCGCCGGCGGGAAAGGCUCCAUCUCGGGACCCGCAAUAAACUCGCCCUCUGACGACUUUUUCCUCGCCCUCGAUAGAAUCUCCUCCGCGCGCUGCAAUCGAUACCGCUUCUGCCCUUGGAGCUGCCUCUGACCCUACUCGCCUCUCGUCGUAGCCCAUUCCUUGCCCUUGGCCGACUGUACCACGCUAAACCGCGCCUUGUUUACCUGUCAACAUGGUCUCAUUCUCGUGCGAGGGCUGCGGUGAUAUCCUCACCAAGAAGAAGCUCGACCCUCACCGGAACCAAUGCUGGGGCGCUUCCUACACCUGCAUUGACUGCAUGGUACACUUCCAAGGGACGGAUUACAGAUCGCAUACCAGCUGUAUGAGCGAGGCGCAGAAGUACCAAGGCGCACUGUACCGGGAGAAGAAGCCGAAGGGCCAGCAGCAACAGCAGCAAAGGAAGAACAACAACAAUAACUCGCAAGCUCUCGUUCCGCGGAACGAUGCAGCGCAAGACACGGACACGGGCGCCGUCGCCGUCGCCGUCGUAGACGUGCCGCCGCGCGCUCCGACCCCGCCAGCUCCGGUCAACGUCUUCGACUUCCUAGUAACGGAAGACACGCCUAACGCAUCCAAGAUAUCGGUGGCGGAAGCACAAGCGGCCGACCCAACCACUCCGGCAUCGAAGGAAGGCAAGAAGGACAAGGACGCGUCGGGCAAGAAGUCGGACAAGAAGCGCAAGAGGCAGCAAGUGGAGGAUGUCGAUGGGCCAGCGGCUGCCAAGGCGCAGGAGGAGCAGGACGCGAUGAUGGUGGAUGCGCCACCAGUGCUGCAUUCGGGCCUUACCGACGGCGUGGACAAGCUGCUCCCGCCGGGACAAGAGUAUGCCGAAGGCGGUGUGGAGGGGUCGCCGAGCGGGCCGGCGAAGCGGACGAAGCAAUCCAAGAGCAGCAGCAAGAAGGAGGAGAAGAAGAGCAGCAAAGAGCGCAAGGCGCGAGGCGAAAAGGACGCCGAGAAGGAGAAGAAGCGCUCGCGCGAGCUGGUCAAGAUUCGGAGGCGGCGGUCGUCGUCGACCGACUCGCACGAGCGCGAGCGCAAGUCGUCCAAGCCGCUCAAGAGCAUCGGAUACCGCGCAGAGAACGGCGACGCCGGUGCGCUGGUCCUGCAUAAGCGGCCCGCCUCGCGCGCAGAGCUGCUCUUGACCUACCUGGCCAAAGACGCCGCCUCGGAGCACGGCGUCAGCUUCCACAAGGCCCUCAAGAAGUACCAUCGCGAGCGGCACGAGCGCGGCCUCGACGACCUCAGCAAGCCCGACGACGAGAAGGAGCUGUGGAAGAGCAUCCGCCUGCGCAAGAACGAUAGGGGCGAGAUUGUCCUGUUCACCGAGUAGUAGUCUUGUAGGCCAGCCCAGCGCAGCGACACCGCAUCCUCCUAUACUCUCUACAAUUAAGGGCGGCAGGGUCCGUAUCGGCCCCAUGGCAACGGAGAAGUGGAACAGGGGUCUAGUUGUUUUUGCCAAAGCUCUGAUACACUGCUGUCUUUGAAACGCGGCGUCCGGACGGGCGGUGGUGGGGUGGGGACGCCGAGUGCUCGGGGCUCUCUAGCACCGCCUCGCCAGACCCGUGUGUUCAGAGUUCCGGAGCACCGAAGACCCCCCUGAAUGGAACCUUUGAACA